UUUUAUUUCAGAUAAAAUGUUAUGAUGAGGAAGAAAUUAAACACAAGCCUCGCCUGCGCAGAAUGAUUGAAAAAUACAAAAUAUAAAAUGAUGGAGGGAGGACUAGGAACUGAUAUAACUGUUCUGGUGGUUAGCCUGGCCAUUAUACCAGCAGUACUGGUUCUUCUUCUCUUCUGUCUAAAGGUUCGAGCCAGCAGAAGUAAUCCUGAUAUAUACGGAGUAGAAGGAACUGUUAAAAAGAAGAAUGAAGAUUUGUUGAAUAGUUCGAACUCGGAAAAGCAUAAUCUAUCUAUCGAGGACGCGAAUAUUCGGACUCCGUCUUAUGAUCGGAAACUUCCAGAAAUACCAGACGAUAUUUACAAGGCAUCUCUCAAGGAGGAUAACAGCUCUGAUCUGUACGCGACAGUUGACGAAAACUUACAAAAUCAUCUUCCACAGGGAGCAAACUCAGUUUCAGUUGAUCCGGCUCAUCAUCCUUAUGCUAAAGUUAAAAAACAGCGUAAACAGGAACAUCCGUAUGCUAAAGUUGGAGACAGGAAUACUGGCAAACCAGAGAUUGAGGAUGAGGAGGAUGAGACGGAAUAUGAAACUACUGAGAACCUUGAAACUAACGGCAAUAUACCUGGGUUUCCAAACUCCCAAGGGUUUCCCCAGGGUUCCAGUUUCUCCCCCUGGCCUGGCACUUCGGCUAGGAACCCCAGCAGGCAGGCUACACCCCUUCCACCUGAACCCCAGGCAGCUCAGUCUAAUCAACAUUUUUCAGGAGAUUCACAGGGCUCCAGUUAG